UUGGCUCAGGGGGAGGGGCCAUGAGCUGCCUGUGGAGCUCUGGCACGCGAGAGUUCUUCCAUGUCUCUCCCUUGUAUUGGACCGAGACGGAGCUGAGCCGGUGGUUAGAGUGGCGGGGUUUGCCCAGCUGCAUUGGUCGGGCAUUCGAGGAUCAUCUGGUGAAUGGUCUGGUGGCCUUGGACCUAACAGCGGAGGAGACCUGUGCUCCAUGGGCAUCUUCAACGACCUCCACCGGCGCCGGGUUCUGCUGGAGCUUCGGCAGCUCUACGGAUCCGAGGAUUGGGAGACAGCUCUGAAGACCAUUCAACUGGCGAUGCUGCGGCAGACAGAGGCGCGGCCGGCCUUCGAGCCUGAGCCCAAGCCCGAAUCAGAGCCAGAAGGGGUCAAGCCAUCUCCGUACCUGGCGCGGCGUCGGCGGCCGAAGGCCAAGCAGGCGCCGCCGGAGGAGCCCACCACAGUGUUGACUUCCCAGCAGAAGCGUGCAGCGGCAGCAUCCCUGCACGGCCUUGACGGCAUGCAACUCGAGGCAGCGCUGGUGUCUGCUCUGCCUGGGGCGCUAGAGAAGAUGCUGAGUGGCCGCCCUGUGCGUAGCGCGCCGCGUGCACGCGAUGGGCAACCUGUGCCUAGGGUGCCCAAACCGCGUGAUCCCCGGGAACGGACUGAUCGCCCGAGUCUGGGAUCUGGCUGAGCUCGCGCUUUGCCUUCCGUAGCUUCGUGUCUUGAGCUGCGCAGUGCAGCAAGGCUUGGAAUCGAGGGCGCCCGGUCGCUCGUGCGGUGUGUGCACAAGACGUGCGUGACACCGGGAGGGAUCGCCAUGGCUGACAAAGGUCAGGGGAAGCGGCGGAAAUGCUCUUUGCGCUCCGAGCAACGCGGAAAAAAGAACA